CGGAAACAUCGCAUCGAUAAGCUGUGGAGAAUAAGAGAACAGCGGCGCGUAUGUUCCGACACCCUAGUUUAGUGUCCUAGUGCAUCCACGCCUCCCAAAUACACUGUAAAAAAAAGUUGUAUCUAUAAAAAAUAAAAUAAUUCGAAUAAAAGAAUGUACUAGUGAAUGAUAUUGGUGCUAAUAAUAAAAGUUUAAUAAUGUAAUAGAGAAAAAUUAAAUGGAAAAGGGUCGAAUAAGUGUGAGUGCAAGCAUAUAAAAAGUAUAUAUUUAUGUUCAUAAAUAAACAUACAUAUAUAAAUUUUAUUAUAUGUAUACUUAAGUAUAUAAAUGCUUAUGUACUUAGUGCUAAUGUGUGUGCAUAUGCUUGUUUGAAGUGAUUGUGUUAUGUUAAUAUAAAUAUUUCCAUUGGAUUGGCGAAUUGUGCAUAUCUUUGCAUAUAUACAUAUCCAAAUUAAAAUUUUUAUACGCUGAAACAUAUGAAAUAUUGCAUUUGAAAAUAUCUGGAUAAAUUAAUAUAGUGAUUUCAUCCGCAACACUGAGAACGCAAUGAGGUGCUUUUGUGUAAGCUGCAGCUUUAUUGUUGGUGUUGUUAGAACGUACUAUAUGGAACUGUGAAAAUAAAGAUGUCCAUGCAAAAGUUAGCUGAAAGCUCAAAUUCAGGUUACGUCAGUUCUGAAGAAACCGAUUCACUGCUUGUAUCCACUACGCCAAAAUGUAAGUCAUCUGUGCUACGCCACAUAAAAAUGAGCUCAGUAAAUGGACCAACAACGACGAAUAUGACUUCUUCCACGACCGGAAAGCCGGCAUUAAUUCGCCAGGAUCGCACUUCCACAUAUCUAACGAGUCCUCAGCUAUCGCAACAAACUCGUCUCGGCUCUGAGGAUAGUGUACGCGGCGGCGGCGGCGGCGUCGGCGGUGAUGAUGAUAUCGAACAGGGACUGCGACCGUCAACAGUACCAGAUAUUGAAGUGCACGAAGAAGACCAAAUUAAUCAACAGUUCACACAAAAGAUAUUAGAAUCGAACCAUCUAAAACAACAGCAAAGCCAGCAACAACAGCAACAACAACCGAAUUCGACUCCCCGAUCACAGUUUCAACAACAAAACUCCCAACCAACCAUAUCAAUAACGAAUUUGAAUACGUAUCAGACACCACAGGAAUUUGCCAAUUCGCAAAGUAAUACGAAUUUGGGUACAUCAUCAUAUCAGAAUCUGUCAUGUGGUAUAGCGACGAACGCUCAGAAUCGUUGUCGCGCCUGUCGCAACUGUAGUCGACGAGCAUCAACGACGCCAAUAUCGACUACAGGUAGUAUUGGCAUAGACCGCUCAACAUCGAAAGACAGUGUCAGAAGUGCCUUUCAACAAAGUAACCUGUCCGCUUCCAGUUCGGCGAUGCAACAACAUGCACCACCAUCUCUUUUAGUCACAUCAUCGCCUACGAAUGGGUCACGCAUAAUACGGCAGAGCUCUCAGCCAGAGUCCAGCACCACUGCCAUUUGCUGUGGGUCCCACAGUUCUUGUGGCCAUUCGCAUACCGUUCCGAAUGUUUCACUUAAGGUACUACGGGACAGCGCGACGGAUGGUAUUGCUGGCAUAGCGGCGGAUUCCUUACGCUUCAAUGGUGGCAUGCGACCAUUCAAACAGGGUGUUCUCCUAAUGCCCCGAACAUUAUCCGAGAGCCGAAAAUUACGUCUAAGAAGAGCUUUUACCGAAGCAACUAACGAAACACUUCAAUGCUCUAAACUGCUCCGCAAACCAGCAUCCACUCUUUCAAUUCCUGGCUCGAUGAAAACACCUUCUAUAGCGAAUCGGGAACAGAAUUCAUCCGGAUGCAACGAAGAAGCAGCCGAGGCGCUUGUGGGUAUCCACUCCGAUUACCCCAGGUAUGAAAUGUACAUGGAGGAACGUGCUCUUACCGGCGGUAAUACAUCACGGAAGCCCUCGACAAUCUCAGCAAAACACAAACCCAAUGUCGGAUACCGGCUAGGUAAACGAAAAGCUCUAUUCGAGAAACGGAAACGCAUUAGUGAUUACGCUCUUGUAAUGGGCAUGUUCGGAAUAAUCGUUAUGGUGAUUGAAAAUGAAUUAAGCAGCGCUGGUGUUUAUACAAAGGCUUCAUUUUAUUCGACAGCGUUAAAAACCUUAAUAUCUGUUUCGACUGUGAUUCUUUUAGGUCUUAUUAUAGCUUACCAUGCUUUGGAAGUGCAGUUGUUCAUGAUAGAUAAUUGUGCAGACGAUUGGCGGAUCGCAAUGACAUGGCAACGAAUUAGUCAAAUAAGUUUAGAACUUUUUAUAUGCGCAAUUCAUCCAAUUCCUGGUGAAUAUUAUUUCCAAUGGACAACAAAGUUGGCGAAUAAAAAUAAAACUAUGGGCACCGAAACGGUCCCUUACGAUGUGGCAUUAUCAUUACCCAUGUUCCUUCGGCUAUAUUUAAUAUGUCGAGUCAUGCUUCUUCAUUCGAAAUUAUUUACAGACGCAUCAUCGCGAAGCAUAGGAGCCCUCAACCGAAUUAACUUUAAUACAAGAUUUGUUUUAAAAACUUUAAUGACAAUAUGUCCGGGAACGGUAUUACUCGUCUUCAUGGUAUCCUUAUGGAUUAUAGCCUCUUGGACAUUGCGGCAAUGUGAAAGAUUCCAUGAUGAGGAGCACGCGAAUUUGCUAAACUCCAUGUGGCUAACUGCCAUUACGUUCCUAUGUGUGGGCUAUGGCGAUAUUGUGCCGAACACGUACUGUGGACGUGGUAUAACGCUUACCUGUGGCAUGGUGGGAGCAGGUUGCACCGCUUUACUUGUUGCCGUUGUCUCGAGAAAAUUGGAACUUACUCGUGCUGAAAAACAUGUACAUAACUUCAUGAUGGACACACAAUUAACGAAAAGGCUGAAAAAUGCAGCGGCAAAUGUUCUUCGUGAAACUUGGCUCAUUUACAAACAUACAAGACUAGUAAAACGGGUUAAUCCCGGACGUGUAAGAACCCACCAAAGAAAGUUCCUUCUAGCUAUAUAUGCGUUACGAAAGGUUAAAAUGGACCAACGCAAACUAAUGGAUAACGCCAAUACAAUAACAGAUAUGGCUAAGACUCAGAAUACAGUGUAUGAAAUAAUUUCGGACAUGUCGAGUCGUCAAGACUCCAUUGAAGAGCGACUAACAAACUUAGAAGAUAAACUUCAGUCGCUACAGGAACAUUUGGAAAACUUACCGGACGUGAUUACCCGUUGUCUAACGCAGCACCAGCAGAGUCUAGAUCAACGCAAAAAUUAUCUACAUCCAGCUGCUGCAGCCACUACAAUGCUGCCUUCACAACAACCAAUUUUCAACGCUUCGCCGAUAAUGUUUCCGCACUCAAGAAGUGUUCCCUCUGAAGAAUCUACUACAUUCCAUUGGCCAAUCACUCCUACUAUUUUGCCACCUGUAUCUAGUAGAACUCCACAUUUAGUGCCUGAUACUCACUUGUCAUCGAACGGAUCUGCCGCAGUUAAUAGCUACGCAUGUUCCAAUAAAUAUGGCAGCUGAAUAGAAGAAAAUGAGUGCUCC